AGGUCGUUGGAAUGCCUAAUUAUUUUUACGUCAAUUGUCAUUUGUCAUUCUUUGAAAAAAUCAAAAUGGUGAAUGUUAUGAAAGGAGUUCUUGUCAAAUGCGAUCAGGCUAUGAAACAAUUUCUACUUCAUUUAGAUGAAACUAUAAAGUUAGGAAGAAAAUUCAUUAUACAAGAUUUGGAUGAGAACCACUUAUUUAUUUCUGCUGAUAUUUUAGACACUCUUCAAAUUAAAAUUGACGAUUUAAUGGAUCAGAUUAGUUUCCCUUUAACUGAAAAAAGUGCAUAAACAAUUUAAAUCAUGACUAUCUCAAAAUCUACCUUACGCGGUUCCAACCGCAUUAAGGAGAUUGAUAAACGACGCAUCGUCGAUGAAACCUCCAGGAAACGCCGCCAAAGAAAAAUGAUGGAGUUGCUCGAGUCUGACAACUACCAUGAAGACCCUCACGCUGAUUUGGUAAUGAGUAAAAAGGUUCCCAAAUUUGACGAUAAUUUAGAACAAAGGAGUACUCGUACAAAGAAAAAAGACAGGGGCACUGAUUAUUAUCAGUUCAAGUAUCGUAAAAACUUUCAACAACUUGUAGAUGAAGAUAGGGUUGAAGCAGAUUUAAAUAAACGAGUUUCUUACAUGGAUAUACAGUGUCAAGAUUCUUCAAUUCCAUCACGUCGUUUCUGUGCAGUAUGCGGGUUUGUCGGACAGUAUUCAUGUUUGUCUUGUGGUACUAGGUAUUGUUGUAUCAGGUGUAUGGACACUCAUAUUGAUACAAGAUGUUUAAAAUGGACAGCUUAAUUUCUAUAUUUUUUUUAUGAGUGAUAAAUAUUUGUUUUG